AUGUCCACAGAUAAAAGGCUAUCAGUUAAUUACUACAAGUACCUCUGUCAAAAGAUUGGAUCUAAGGAGAAUGUAAAAGUCAGGAGAUUAGCUUACGUAAUAAGUGACAUUGGAACGAAGGCCUGUAUAACUAGUGGAAGUAAAGGUGAAGGACUUAAUCUUAGAGGCAGUGAUUUUGAUAUAAUGAUUGUUGCUGCUGAAUUUAAAGUUUAUGAAUCUGAUAGAAAUUAUAGAGAGCAAAUGGUGGAAAAUGACUCUCAGGGAAGUCUACUUUCAAAUGAACUAUACAAAAUGUAUUAUAUGAAUCUAACUCAAAGUUCACCAAUGUCAAUCCUUCACAAAAUGCAUGGGCCCUGUUUAUCAGACAAAAAGGAUAUAUUUGAUAUUGCAUACUGCUUAAAAUGUGACCAAUGGACAUCUCAAGCCCAACCAUGGAUAUACAGCCCACGUACAACUUGGCCACCAGUUGAUAUCAUUUCAAAAAUAACCUCAUGUGGUGUGUUUUUUGUCCCAAUUGGCUUGAAAGGAUCCUGCAAUGAAAAUCUCCAGUGGAGAAUUUCCUUUUCGGUAGCAGAAAAGUUUCUCAUAUAUUCUUUCACGCAUACCCAGUUUUUAUGCUAUGCUUUAUUGAAAAUCUUGCUCAAAGAAAUUGUGGAAAAAUAUGAGGAUUUGAAAGGUUUACUGUGUUCCUACUUUCGAAAGACUUUAAUGUUUUGGAUAUCAGAAGAAUCAAACCCAUCAGUAUGGAGACCAAACAAUAUCAUACCAUGCUUCACGGCAUGUUUAAAGAGACUAUUGUACUGUGUUGAAUAUGAGACAUUAUUACAUUAUUUCAUUCCUGAAAAUAAUUUGUUUUAUUUAAGAUUCAAUGUUACAAACAAAGACAAAUUGAUUACAAUCCUGAUUAAUUCAUAUAAACAAGGAAUUCAGUGUUUUAAAUAUUCAGAGACUUUGAAGGAUUUUAAAGGACUAACUAAAGAAGUCGAUUUAAUGAAAGGAAAUUUUAGAAUAAUAUUAGAAACAUUAGAAUUGAAUUUACUUUUUAAGUAUCAUAGCCUGCUAUAUAACUUGAUUCAUCAUUCUAAAACUGUUCAUUCCAGAGAUAUAUUUACAUUAUAUCUGUCCAGGGCACACCAAGAUGUACCACAAAAGUUACAAAACCAACUCAGAUCAAACAACAAACGGAACUACUACAAGUACAGACGUGACCUCAGUAAUCUGCUGAUAGGAACACAAUCAUAUGCAUUAUCAGGAUGGCUAUUAUUAGCUUCCUUCUUUUAUGUUCAUAAGAAUUACUUGAUAUCAUUAGAUAUUAUAUAUUAUGCCUUAAGCAAAUGCACUGAUGAUAAAGAACUUUACCCUAUCAAAGACAUCCAAUUAAAUCAAAACCAGAAAUCUGUGUUAAAUUUCAUGAACCAAGAAAAGAUUUACAUAGCAAUGAAAUUAAUAACAGUCAGAAGUGUUAAGUUUAGUUCAAGUUCAUCACUUGUUCCACAAGAACUACAAUUAAUGAACCAACAAUUCUUUAAGGCCCGAAAUUCUAUUAUUUCUGUUUGUUCUCCUGUAGCAUUUGCACAUAGUCUGAGAAUGCUUUGUUAUCGCCAUCUACCGGUACAUGACAUUACAUCAUGUUUUCAAACUUCACGAACAUUAAUCAUGUUAAUCAGGAAUUAUUUAAGUAAGAAACUUAAGGAAGUUUGCUCCUCUUGUUUUUGA